GCCUUCUGCACCUUCAGUCUGCCCGCAAGUGCGCUCAAAACCGCGGCGAGGGCAGAGCCCGGGGUGCUCGGCACAGGAUACUAACAUUUUGACUGGUGCCUCCCCAAGAAGUGUGAUGAGAAAUGGCUUUAGGAAACAAUACCCAGAGAAGUUAUUCCAUCAUCCCCUGCUUCAUCUUUGUUGAGCUUGUCAUCAUGGCCGGGACUGUUCUGCUCGCCUACUACUUCGAAUGCACUGACACUUUUCAGGUGCAUAUCCAAGGUUUCUUCUGUCAGGAUGGGAAUUUGAUGAAACCGUACCCGGGAACAGAGGAUGAGAGCUUUAUUUCCCCUCUUGUGCUGUACUGUGUGCUGGCUUCAACUCCGACAGCUAUUAUUUUUAUUGGCGAAAUAUCCAUGUAUUUCAUAAAGUCAACCCGAGAAACUCUAAUUAUUCAAGAGAAAACUAUUUUGACUGGAGAGUGCUGUUACCUGAACCCACUGCUUCGAAGAAUAAUACGUUUUAUAGGAGUUUUUGCAUUUGGGCUUUUUGCCACUGACAUAUUUGUAAAUGCUGGUCAGGUUGUGACUGGGAACUUGGCUCCGUACUUUCUGACUGUAUGUAAGCCCAACUACACAGGAAAUGACUGCCGGGCCCAUCACCAGUUCAUAAACAAUGGGAACAUCUGCACUGGGGAUAUGGAGGUGAUUGAGAAGGCAAGGAGAUCUUUUCCAUCCAAACAUGCUGCUCUGAGCAUCUACUCAGCUUUAUAUGCCACGAUGUACAUCACAAGCACAAUAAAAACAAAGAGUAGCAGGCUAGCCAAACCUGUGUUGUGUCUGGGUACCCUGUGUGCUGCAUUCCUCACUGGGCUGAAUCGAGUUUCCGAGUAUCGAAACCACUGUUCGGAUGUGAUCGCAGGCUUCAUCUUGGGGAGUGCAGUAGCUUUGUUUCUGGGGAUAUGUGUUGUGCAUAACUUUAAAGGCAUGCAUGGAACUCCUUCUAAGCCGAAGCCUGAAGACCCACGAGGGAUGCCACUAAUGGCUUUUCCAAGAGUGGAAAGUCCACUGGAGACAUUGAGUGCACAGAAUCACUCUGCCUCGAUGACUGAAGUAACCUGAGAAGGAAGACUGGCAACAGAAGAUAUUUUUUAUUACCCUCCAGUACAAUACUCCAAGACACACACAGUUACUAAAUGUCAGACUGUGAUGACCAGUAUUAUGUUAUGUCUAGUUAGAGGCUGAUGUUUUGUACAUUUUUUUGUAUGAGGAAGUGAUGUAGCUUGCCUUGAUUUUUUUGUCAGCUUUAAUAUUAUUAUGCCAGAAUUUAAAAGCAAAAGAGAAAAA